UUGAUCAUCUACAUUCUAGAGAUUUACUGAUUUCCUCCAGUGGUGUUGCUUGUAGUUCAUCUGUUUAGGUUUUAUCGCGCGCCAAAGUGAUGAAGGCCAGAAAUGAAGGAGCCUGUAACAUCGUUUGCAUGAAGACUCUUUUCUUCGUGUUUACAUUUCUAUUCUUGCUUGCGGGAAUUGGAAUUAUGGGGGUUGGUAUAUGGAUUAUGGUGUACAAGAGUGAUUACCAAAGCUUGCUGGACAGUGACAUAUACGUCAUUGUUCCUGGUCUCAUGAUUGCAGCAGGAGUUGUUGUCAUCAUUGUUGGCAUAGUGGGAUGUGUAGGAGCGGCAAAGGAAAAUCGAUUUUUCUUAAUCUCAUUUUUAGUGAUGGUGAUCUUGAUUUUCAUUCUGGAGCUGACGAUUGGAAUACUGGCAUUUGUAUACUCUACUAAGAUAAAAGGUGAACUAAAAACAGCAAUAAAAGAGAAAAUGAAUCAACAGUAUGGUGUGAAUGAGGAUGUCACUAAAUCUAUUGACAAGCUACAACAGGAGAACAAAUGCUGCGGUGACACUGGGGGAGAUAGCUGGAAUGGCACUUCAUGGCAGCAGAGAGAUGGGCAAACAAACAGUGUUCCUGAUUCAUGCUGUAAAACGCCGUCUGAAGGGUGUGGCAUAAGAACACAUCCAUCAAAUAUCAAUAAUAAGGGAUGUCUGACACUGGUAGAGGAAUUCUUUCAAGAACAUUUCACCAUUCUUGCAAUUGUUGGAAUAGGUGUGGCUUCUAUUCAGUUGGUUGGAAUUGUCAUUACUGUCUGUAUUCUUCGUUUUGUGGAAGAAUAUUAGUUCCAUUUUCAAGCCGUUUGAGAUACUUGGACGCAGAAAUUACUUCAAAGUACUUGCAUGGCGGUUUACACGUUUCAUAAAAAGCUCGAACUAGUCUUUGAGAGGACACAACAAAACGAGUAAAUCAGAAACGUUCAACACUUUCCUAGUUGUAAUUAAUUUUUAGUAUAAUUAAUUUUGGUAAAACGAAAACUUGUCUUUUAUCAGGGGUCACUAUUUUCAUGUACAGAUGUACGCUGGUGGUAUUCAAUAAGCCUAUUUCGAUAUGUUAAAAUUCCUAAUUAUCUUUGGGAUCGCUACAGGAAAAGUGCAGCGAUCCUUACCACUAGCGGUUUCCUUAUGAUCGCCACGAUCACUAUAGAAUAAAAAAUGCCUGAGAGGGCGUGGGUCAAACA